GCAUAUUUUGCCCUGGGACUUUUGUUAUUUGAUGGACGUCUUGGAAGGAUUCAAACAUCAUGUCGUUUUUCAGAAUUUGAAUGUCAGGCACCUUGUUGAACCAGCCCCAGUCACUCUUGAACUUGCCCGCGAAAUUCGCUACUGCGUCAUUGCAAUUUGUAUUAGCUGGGCCACUAUAUCAGUAUUUCGUACUUGGAUGACCAGCAAAAGAGAUUCCUGCUAGGAUUAUUGCAUCACUGUACUAUUACUUUUCUUGUUUUUGCAUACCUAGCACGAUGUUGACCCUACACGCGACCUGCCUGUCUUUACUCUGGGCCGUCUCGACCCUCGCUCAGAACCUCGAUGUCCGAAAUCCGAUCGAGGAUCUGUCCUUCGGCCACAAGUCUACCUUGUCGCCGAAUUCCUUCGCCAUCCCUGGCUGGUCUAUGCUGGGCGAAGGACACGUGCCCCAACUCCUGUCUGAUCGAGUCAUCCUGACACCUCCUUAUGGCGGGAACAAGCGAGGUGCGCUGUGGUCGGAGAACAAACUCUCGCUACAAGACUGGCAAGUCGACCUGAAGUUUAGAGCUGGUGCGACGGAUCGAGGUAGUGGGAAUUUCCAGCUCUGGUACGCACAUGAUGGGGAUAAACAAGUAAGCACAUCGAACAUAUACUCGGUAGGGACGUGGGAAGGUCUCGCCAUUGUUGUCGACACAGUCGGCGGGAUACAGAAGAUUCGAGGGUUUCUCAAUGACGGUUCUACCGACUACAAAAGCCAUGGCAACGUCGACUCCCUAGCGUUCGGCCAUUGCGACUACACCUACCGCAACCUCGGUCGACCAUCACACAUCGUCGUGCGGUCCUCAGGUAACGGUCUACAAAUUGAAGUUGACGGCCGGUCAUGCUUUGCCACUGACAAAGUUUCUCUACCGUCAAACUACAACUUUGGCCUGACAGCCUCGUCCGCCGAUCCUCCUGACUCAUUCGAAGUGUUCGCUUUCGCAGUGAGCAACGCACCCGCUACCUCUAUUCCACAAGCGCAACAACAUCAGCACCAACAACAAGAACAGUCUCCACCUCCACCGCCUGCUCAGAACAACCCAGACGCUGGCAUGUCGCAGAUGGACGACCACCCAGCCUCGUUCUACACAACCUCGGAGGCCCAAUUCGCCGACCUUCACAACCGCCUCAACCUCCUUUCCAAGUCCAUAACCAAUCUCUUCACCGAAAUCACGAGGCACACACAAGCGGAAGAAGCUCGUUACCGGGAAAUCCUUUCACGUAUGCCGACUGAACAGAGUAUGAGAUCUCUCGAGUCCAAAUUCGGCAACCUAGACCGUGUCGUCGGCGAACUGGAGCGCGAGUUGAAGUCCUCGGACCACAAGGCUCAAUUUGCAAAGAUCUCGGAACAAAUCUCUCAGACGCAUCUCGGCGUGACGGAACAUGUGCCACAACGACUGAGGGAAUAUGUCCAGGCUCACACCCCACGCAUCGGUUUCAUUCUAUAUAGUUUCAUGGCGUUCCAAACGUGCUGUAUCGGCGCCUGGGCGUGGUACAAGUACCGCAAGAGCACGAUGCCAAAGAAAUAUCUGUAAUUGUACUUUCACUAGCUGGACCUUUUUGGGGUUUUUGCAUGACGAGAAAUGUAUCGAUAUGAGAUCAUCUUAGCUUAUGAUUGAAUGCCUGUAGACUGUCGUCUCGCGGGCGUUUUACUUGGGAGGCCAAUUGUUCU